CGCUCAUAUUACUAAUCCGAUUGGCACGGCGCCAGAUGUGACCGACCCACUCAGUGUCAAGAGGUCCGACAUCUCCCAACGCUCUCCACCGCAUAACCCCCAGCAUGUUCCGCUCUGAUCGAGGCGGAUCUCGGCCGCAGGACUUCCAGAGAAGCUUGUCGCAUUCCAUCACCGACACAAGCGCCGGCGGCAUCACGUCGUCCGGCUGGUUCCAGCGACCAGCGCCUCGAUCAACUUCGCACCGGCGCCAACAAAGCGACAUGGCGGAUAUGAUGUCCCGAAGUGGUCCUGCAGGCCAAUUCUCGCAAUCUGGAGGCCUUCGGUCCACGACGGCCGUGUCCGAUAGCGCGUCCAUAUUCAAGUCGUUGCGCGGAGGCAACUUCGUCAUGGCGCCAACGUCCGGUCGCAUGGGCAUUGCCGCGACUUCGGGCGGUAUGCAUGCCGUGCACUGGGAAGGCCAAGUGCGCAAGAAGGGCGACUGGCUGCCUCGAUGGGAGUCACGGUACUUGGUCCUGGAUGGCACCGUGCUUCGGUACUACAGCAAACACGAGGACGCGCGCAUGGGCAAGAAUCUCCGCGGCAAGAUGACUCUGACCCAUGUAUCUCCUGAAUUCCACAAGAAGAAGGAGCACACGUUUGUGGUCGAGACGGUGGGGCGGAAGGUGUUUUACAUGUCGUGCGACACGGAACUCGAAAAAGACAUGUGGGUCGAGAUGAUGCAAGCCGCGAUCGGGGAAGGAUCAGCGGCGCAACCCCAGCGACCGCAGCUCUCGACUCGGCACGGGAGUCCGUCCCCGUUUGUAGUCCCGUCGACGACGCCCCAUCGCCACCACCACGCCAUGGCGCCUCCUCCCCCCAUGCAUCACCACGAUCCCCGCGUGUUUCACGAACUGCAGCCGCCCAUCUUGACCAAGAACUCGACGUACUCGAGCAUCGCCGCCGACACGCCGCGCCAGGAUCUCGUCCACGCGGACAUUCGCGAUUUCUACAACGCGCUUCGGAAGCUACUCUUGUCGCACUCGUCGUCGGCGCAGUUCUUUCCCAAGCUCAGCCGAGACAUUGCCCUCACCUCCAACUACGCGCCGACAGUGCCGUUCUGGGGCGACUACCACGGCUUGGAUGGCGUCCUGCACUUCUUUUCCAUCUUGUACGACCACGUAGACUACGGAUCGUUCUUCGUCACUGACAUCGCGUACGCCACGGAUGGACGCACCGCCGUCGUCACUGGCCGAGAGACCAUGGUCAACAAGACAAACCACCGCAAGUUCACGCAGCAGUGGCAGCACACGCUCGAGUUUGCCCCGGAUGGCCGCGUCAAGGCGCUGGCAAUCACGGCAGACCCGGUCGCGGCGUCGGCCGUGUUUGGUUGCAACGCCAUGUCGAGCCUCCGCCUCCCCCGUCCGGAAUACGACGUGGACGCCGGCGUGUCCCCCCCGGGGGUAGCAACUACCUCGUGGCAGGCCGGGCACGACAGGCACUUGCCCAACGGACUCGUGCAAGUGCAUGUGAUCCGAGGCGAACAACUCGGAGGGCUCGACGAGUACGACGACGACGAUGACAUUGAGUACGACCCCAACCACCUCAAGGACAUGGCUAUGGCAUCGCCAUAUAGCAACAAUAGCCGGCGACCGACCAGCAGCAGCCAUGCGCGGCGGGGGUCGGGGCACUCGUCGACGUCGUACAUGAUGGCAUUUGGGGUCGAGAACCAACAUGGGCCGUCCUCCGCCGCCAUGCCCCCGAAGACGACCCCCGCCGCGAACCGGACGGACUUCGCGGCGGCCGAUUCCGUCGGGGACCCGAGGUGGGCGAACGGAGGCGUCGUGACCGUUCCGUUCGCGGCUUCCCCUGGCCAGUCGUGCUUGGUGCUGAUGGAAGCAUGGAAAGUGACCCACCGCAUCAUGUCUCCGCUGGUCGAAGACUCAACCCAAGAUGACCAGUACGGCCAGCAACUGGAGCUACUGGGGAUGGCCAAGAUCAACUUGAUGCCCUUCAUCGGGCUAGCCCUGGCGCGGCCAAAUGCCGACUCGGUGCCCCAGUGGUACACGCUGCUGUCAGUGGGUUCCACCCCCGCAUUUGCGUGUGGUCGGGUGCUGCUCAGCGUCCGCUUCGACGUGCUCGGCACGACCAAUCUGAGCCGGUCGUUUUCCAGGACGUCUCGGUCGCCGUCGCCCCAACGCCCCGUCAUUACCCUGCGCAAGCAACACUCGUACGCGGAUGUGUCGCGAGCCAACGCCACGUUCCAAGUCGGCAACACCAUGUUCGAUGUGCCGCUGCGGUACGAAAUGAUCAAAGCCGUCGGACAAGGCGCGUACGGGUGUGUGAUUGCCGCCAGUGACACGGAGACGGGUCAGUCCCUUGCAAUCAAGAACGUGCCGAACGCGUUCAGUGACCUCAUCGACGCCAAGCGCAUUUUGCGUGAGAUUCGGCUCAUGCGGCACCUGCGGCACCCCAAGCUCGUGAACCUCGUCGAUCUGUUCCGGCCGCCGUCGCUGCACGAGUUUGAAGACGUGUACAUUGUAACUGACUUGAUGGAAACGGACCUGCACCGUGUGAUCAACUCCAACCAGAUUUUAAACGACGACCACGUCCAGCACUUUUUGUACCAGAUGCUCGUGGCCGUCAAGUUCGUGCACUCGGCCAACGUGCUCCAUCGGGACUUGAAGCCCAGCAACAUUCUCGUGAAUGCAGACUGCGACAUCAAAUUGUGCGACUUUGGACUCGCGCGGGGCCUCCGCGACGUUAAGCAGCAGACGACGCACGAAGAUGGAACUCCCCCCGACCAACUCACAGACUACGUGGUGACGAGGUGGUACCGCGCACCUGAAGUGCUACUCACGUGCACGUACGGGAAACCCAUGGACAUGUGGGCUGUCGGGUGCAUCUUGGCCGAGCUCAUCGGGCGCCGCCCGCUCUUUCCGGGCACGGACUUUCUCCACCAGCUCAAGAUCAUCAUGGAGGUCGUGGGCACGCCAGACGAGUCCACUCUUGACUUCGUCACACACGCCAAAGCCAAGCGGUUCAUCACCAAGCAGCCCAAGCGCCGACCAAUCCCAUUCUCCGCGUUGUACCCCGGGGCAUCGGUCCUGGCACUGGACCUGCUCGAUCGCAUGCUCACGUUCGAUCCCCGCCGCCGCAUCGACGUGGACGGUGCGUUGAACCAUCCGUACCUCGCCGGCCUGCGGGACCCGACGCUGGAGGUGGCAUGCCCCCACGGGGCGUUUGAUUAUUCGUUUGAAAACGUCGAGCUCACCAAGGCCAACCUCCAAGCACUCAUGUUUGAAGACAUUUGCCAAUAUCAUCCCGAGGCAUUAGCAGGGGACUACUAUCAACACGUGACACGAAAGGGCAAGGGCACCCCCAGGUAGUACACUGCCCCCACGUGUAAUCAGAUCAAAAUAUAGCGUACUUACUACCUCUGCC